AUGCACCCAGCGCUCGGCCGCCCUCGCUCGGUCUCGUCCGCGUCCGGCUCCUUCCCGCCGCCCCCCGCUGCCGCCCGGCUGCAGCCCCUCUUCCUCCGGGGGGGCUCUUCCCGCGGCCGGAGAGGCUCGGGCGACAGCAGCACCAGCACCAGCACCAGCCGGGGGGGAGGCGGCGGCAGACGCGGCGGGGGUGGCGGCGGCUCCCCGAGCAGCAGCACCGGCGCCGAGCGAGAGGACGACGACGAGAGCAUCAGCAUCAGCAAGCCGCUGGUGCCGGCCACCGCCGCCACGCUCCCGGGUCCCCCCGCUCAGGGGGCCGCCCCGGCCGCUGACCCCGCGCCCGCCGCCUUCUCCUCCUCCUCCUCCGCUGCCACCUCCUCCUCCACCUCCACGCCCACCUCCUCCUGCAGCAUGACAGCCGCGGAUUUUGGCGGGGGCGCAGCGCCCGGGGCCGUCGGGGGCCCUGGGGGACGCGGGGUCGCGGGCGGCCCCGGGACCGGCAGCGGUGCCUCCUGCUGCUCGUGCUGCUGCUGCUGCUGCUGCGGCCGCCCUGCGCGGUCGGGCCGCAGGGGUCGGCGCCGCGGCUGCGCCCCCAGCCCCGGGUGCCACUGGGGCUACCAGGCGCUGUUGGUGCUGCUGCUGGCGCAGGGAGGGCUACUGGACCUGUACCUCAUCGCCGUCACUGACCUGUACUGGUGCUCUUGGAUCGCCACCGACCUGGUGGUGGUGGUGGGCUGGGCCAUCUUCUUCGCCAAGAACAGCCGGGGCCGUCGGGGCGGCGCGGCGAGCGGCGCGCACAACCAUCACCAGCUCCACCACCACGCCGCGCCGCCUCUUCACCUGCAGGCCGCCUCCGCCGCCUCCGCCGGGGCCGGGGCCAAGGCGCGCGGCGGGCGCGGGGGCGCCGGUGGCCCGGGGGGCGGCGCGGGGACCACAGGGGCGGCGGGCGAGUUCGCCUUCGCCUACCUGGCCUGGCUCAUCUACUCCAUCGCCUUCACGCCCAAGGUGGUGCUGAUCCUGGGCACGUCCAUCCUGGACCUCAUCGAGCUGCGCGCGCCCUUCGGCACCACGGGCUUCCGCCUCACCAUGGCGCUAUCGGUGCCCCUGCUCUACAGCCUGGUGCGCGCCAUCAGCGAGGCGGGCGCGCCCGCGGGCUCGGCGGGUCCCCUGCUCCUGCAGCCGCAGCAGCACCGCGCCGCCGGCUGCUUCCUGGGCACGUGCCUGGACCUGCUCGACAGCUUCACGCUGGUGGAGCUGAUGCUGGACGGCCGCGUGCCGCUGCCCGCGCACCUGCGCUACCUGCUCAUCGCCGUGUACUUCCUCACCCUCGCCUCGCCGGUGCUCUGGCUGUACGAGCUGAACGCGGCCGCGGCCGCUCCGUCCUGGGGCCAGGCCUCCGGGCCUGGCAGCUGCAGCCGCCUCCUGCGCCUGCUGGGCGGCUGCCUGGUGGACGUGCCCUUGCUGGCGCUGCGCUGCCUCCUGGUGGUGAGCUACCAGCAGCCGCUGUCCAUCUUCAUGCUCAAGAACCUCUUCUUCCUAGGCUGCCGUGGCCUGGAGGCCCUGGAGGGCUGCUGGGAUCGGGGAACCCGGGCCUCUCCUAGUCGGGCCAGAGGCAGCUACGGUGCUGCUCCCUCCGCCCCACCGCCCCCGCCGCCGCCCCCACCUCAGGGAGGCUCGCAGCUGGGCCACUGCAUCUCAGAGAACGAGGGGGGCCCCCAUGGCUAUGUCAACACUCUGGCUGUGGCCUCCCAGAAUUGA